UGAUUUAGGUUACAUAAGAACCACCAAAAACAGUCCAUAUAGCAAACAUUUCCAAUUCCUUUUGUAGCCAAUGGUUUUCCCUAUUCUUGGAAAUCUUCCAUUUAGCUUUGCAAAAAAUAUACUUCCUCCUCUUGGAAAAAAGUAUUCUUCUCUAGCAACAUGUAACUUCAAUACCUUUUCUAGUAAAACUCAAUGCAAGGGAUCAUAUAUACCUUCUUCAAGUACUCGUCGUUCUGCUAAUUUCCAACCAUCAAUUUGGACUUAUGAUUAUAUCCAGUCUUUGAGCAGUGAGUAUAAGGAAGUAAUGUACAGAAAGCAAUGCUCAAUUCUAAAGGAAAAAGUAAGAAUGAUGCUUAACAAAACGGAAAAUGAGCUUACUCAACUUGAGCUUAUUGAUGUAUUGCAAAGGCUUGGAGUGUCUUACCAUUUUAACAAUGAAAUUAGGGACAUAUUGGAUAACAUUUACAACAAACAAACAUUCAAGUUGAAGAAGAAUUUACAUGCCACAGCACGUGAGUUCAGACUUUUGAGGCAACAUGGUUAUGAUUUAUCUACAGAUGUUAUUGUUUGUUUUGAAGAUGAAAUAUGUAAUUUCAAGAACGGUCAUUUUGUUGAUGUUGAGGGAAUGUUAUCAUUGUAUGAAGCAUCAUUUCAUUUGUUUGAAGAUGAACCUAUAUUGGAUGAAGCAAGAGAUGUCACAUCCAAGUUUCUCAAAGAAUUUUUGGACAAAAAUGGAGAUAAGAACAUAUCACUUCAAAUAAGUCAUGCUUUGGAGCUUCCACUACAUUGGGGAAUUCCUCGAUGGGAGGCUAGGUGGUUCAUUGAUAUAUACGAAAGACAACAAAAUAAAAAUCAUGUUUUACUUGAAUUUGCUCAAUUGGAUUUCAACAUUCUUCAAAGCUUAUACCAAGAAGACCUUAAGUAUACGUCAAGAUGGUGGAAAAGAACUACACUUGGAGAUAAUUUGAGCUUUGCAAGAGAUAGAUUGGUUGAGAACUUUGUUUGGACUGUGGGAACUAAUUUCAAGCCAGAAUUUGAUUAUUUUCGAAAAGUUUUGACAAAGGUCAAUUCCUUAAUUACCAUCAUUGAUGAUGUGUACGAUGUGUAUGGCACAUUGGAAGAACUAGAGCUCUUCACAAAAGCAAUUGAUAGAUGGGAUCUAAAUGCAAUGGAUUCUCUCCCAAACUACAUGAAAAUGUGCUUUCAUGCUCUCUAUGACUUAGUGAAUGAACUUGCUUUUGAAACCUUGAAAAAGUGUGGGUACCAUAUCACUCCAUACCUGAAAAAAGCGUGGGCAGAUCUAUGUAAAUCAUAUUUGAUUGAAGCAAAGUGGUACCAUAGUGGAUACACACCAAGCCUUGGAGAAUACUUAGAGAAUGCAUGGAUUUCCAUAAGUGCACCUGCUAUACUUACUCAUGCUUACUUUGUGAUUCCACAUUCAUUCAAAAUCGAAGACUUGGUUUGUUUAGAAGAAAACUCCGACAUAAUUCGGCUUUCAGCAAUAAUUUUACGCCUUGCUAAUGACCUCGGAACAUAUAAACGUGAAAACGAGACAGGUGAUAUUCCAAAGUCAAUUCAAUGUUACAUGAACGAAACUGGAGCUUCUGAAGUAGAGGCUUGUGAGUAUGUUAAGUCCAUGAUGUUUAUAGAGUGGAAGAAGAUGAAUAAAGAAGCUCAUGGUUCAUCUUUCUCUCAAUGUUUCAUAGAUACAGCUGUAAAUCUUGCUAGAAUGGCAUUGUUUAUGUAUCAUCAUGGAGAUGGCCAUACUAUUCAAGCUCCUGAAAUUAAGAAUCGCAUAACAUCGUUAGUUUUUCAGCCUAUUCCUAAUAUAUUUACUAAACAUUAAUAGUAUUAGACUUGUCAGUGAUUGUUUAAAUGAAAUAUGUUUUAAAUUUAAUUGGUUUUUCAUACUUAAGAUGUUAGUUGAGUGGAAAGAGUUUAGUCGUGUGACUUAAAGGUGUUGAGUUUUGAAUUAUCCAACGAUUGUAAAAUGGACAUUUGUCUUUUAAAUAACAUGUUGUGUAAUGUGUUUGACAGUUUGAGUCAAA